GGAGGGCGAAAUCUGAUAAUGUUUCAUGUAAGUGCUAACCAAACCAGUCUAACCGGGACGACCGCGUCUGUCUGUCAGCACCAGGUCAGGUAAACAGGCGUGGGGGAUCAGGUCAGUCAGCUGAGGCGGGUCAAAGGUCACUGGGACAACUGGGAAGAUGGGACCUCAAAUGAUGCUGCUCCUCAUCCUGUCACAUAUCUGUGCGGGGACAUUUGUAGUCAACGUGUCUCAGAAACACUAUAAUGUACGGGAGGACGACGACAUCACGCUGGAGUGGAGAUUCACGCGUGAAUCUGACGGCGCCACUCUCGUCAUCUGCGACGUGUUCGGCAACCGCGGCGAUGUAAAGACCCUCUACUACCUCCACCGUGGCGAGGAGCAGCCGGACUCUCAGGACGAGCAGUUCUCAGGACGGGUGCGGUGUGAUAGAAACUGCCUCCGGGAGGGACGCGUGACUCUCCACCUGUCCAGAGUCACGCUCAACGACUCGGGCACGUACGCGUGCGAGGUCCACGUCGGCCGCCACGCCGACUUUGCCAGAUGUGAAGUCAACGUCAGCGCAGCGACUGAUCGUCCCAAAGCUCAGGCGACGACGCUGAGGCCACGCCCAGACAGUGAGGGCAGGCUCGGCGUCUACAUCACACUGGUAGCUGUUGUAACUUUAGUAAUUGUAGCUUCAGUGGGAGGAGCUCUGGUGUGUCACUGCCACCGUGCCUCGUGGCAUAAAGUCAGAAGUGCGUCAGAAUGUGAGAAGUCAAGCUUUCCAGAGAAGAGAGCGCUCUCUGACUCGCUCGUCUGUAACCCUCUCCCUCUGCUUCCACACUCAUUGAACAUCAUUUAAAUCUACAUUUAAAUUACUGUUGUAAAGCACUUUGGUAACUUUAUUGUUUUUAAAAUGUGCUAUACAAAUAAAGUGGAUUGGAUUGGAUUAAAUCCACCACUAGGUGGGGCGCUAAAAUGACGUAGCGCUGGCGACGUAAGAGCGUCCGUUCGAUGACUACACGCUCCGCAGCGGAGGUUCUCAAACUGUUUCUGUCGAGAACCACCUGAGAAAAAUGCUGAUCUGAUCAUUAUCCGUGAGUUGCGUGAGCGAGAGUGAGGUGGUCCGUGUACCACAGUUUGAGAACCACUGCUCUGGAGGAUCUGGCCCGUGUUUUGAGGCAUACGGUAACUGUCUACUGUGUAGACGUAUAUUUGUUUUUCAACUAGAACAAUGUUAGUGUGUUCUCCAACAACAAGUGCACAUACAAUAGUAUAAUAGGAAAACUUGGACCUCGUUUACGACUUCCAGCGUGUAAAAUUAAUUAUUAUCAGUGAUCAAAUAUUCAAAAAAGUCAAAUAUUUCACCAAAAUCAGUUUCUUCACUGUAAAAAUGAUCAAGAAGACCUGGUAUUAGGAUUAGGGACACAGGUAAAAAAAAAAUAAUAAUUUUGGGAAACAAAAUUUUAUAAUAAUAUUUGACAUGUACAGUAUA